AUGACCUCGAGCGCAGGGAGCGGCUGUCCCUCGGCCCCCAGGCAGAAGCAGAGGCGGAGUGGCCGCCGCUCCGGCCACACCUCGGGCAGGGAACCCCAGGCUCAGUCAGCGCUGGGGGAUUUCCAAACACUCCCCUUGGAGAUCUUCCAAAUGGUGUUGAAUUAUCUCUCAGUGAAGGACAUCAGCAUGCUGAGCAUGGUGUCCAAAACCAUCAGCGGCCUCCUGAUUAAUUACAUCUCCACCUCGUCAGGGAGCCGCCGGCUGCUGCUGCAGGACUUCCACCGCCCGCAGCUCCCCGGCAGCAGAGGAGGAGCCUCCAUCCUGGAGCACUACAAAGCUCUAGGGCUGCUGCUCAAGAGGUGCACCCUGCUGCUGCCCACCAGGGACAGGCUCAAGUACGUGCACAAGGUGCUCUCAGGGGUUUCCUGUUUCAAGCUGAAUGGUUGUGCCAGUCCUCUGCACUGCCUGGGCUUUCAGUGCUACGGGGUGUUCUUGCAGAUCCUGACCGCGGGCUGGGAUGAGCUCGAGUGCCACCGGGUGUUCAACUUCCUCUGGGAGCUCGGCAACUUAGCCCAGAAAGUGCAGACGGUGGUCAGCAGCAAACCAGGCAGCUCCCGCAGGCUGGAGCUGCGCAUCCGCCUCUUCUGCCGGGAGGUGCUGCUGUCCCCCGGGAGCCGCCGCAGCGACUCGGCCUUCUGGCUCACGCGUAUCCUCAAGCCCUGGCCCAUGGUCAACCAGGCCCGCCUGCUCUACAUCAUCUUCGGGCCCGUGUCCCCCCGCGACGGACACGUGGUCUGGCAGAAAAUGAUAGAAGGACCAACAGACGAGACCAGUCUGAAGGGUUUAGCUGAUGCAGUUAAGCUGCUGUACGGUACAGAAGCUAGAGAAUGGACAGCAGAUGAUGUUAUCAGUCUUGUGGAUGAGCUGUCAGUCAUUCCCCAGGAGUGGCUGAUGGAGAACAACGCUCGGCUCCUCCUCCUCAGUGGGAACAGCAUCUGCUUCACCUUCCUGGCCAGCAAAGCUGUGAAUGGCAGAGCUGUGGAGCUGGCCAGGCUCAUGGUCUUCAUGGCUCUGGUGUGUGAGAAGGACCUGUACUGCAUGGACUGGGCAGUGAAGAUGAUGCAGAAGGUCUGCAAGGUUUUCAGCACAGCCUGGGAGAAAAACAACUUCCUGCAGUGCCUGGAGGACACCUUCGCUCACAUGCUGAUGGACAUGCUGCAGGCAGUGCUGGCUGGGGAGCGGGAUGAGGAGGACAGCAGCUUCCUGAACCUGUUCCACCUGGUGAACGCUCAGGCCAACUUCCACAAGGAAAUCCUCUACAUGGCCAUGGGCAGCAGCAGCAGCAGCAGCAGCGCCUGAGUCCCACGGAGCGCUCCUCUCUUCCUGCUGGAUUUCUCUUCCUUUUCCCUUGGACAUUUGCAGAGAAAUCUCCGAUUCUUUCUGGAAUUCCCGGUAAGGGCUGGAGGUGCAGAAUUUGGGCCCGUCCGUGCCAGGCCGGCUGAGGGAGCUCGAGGAGGGUUUGGGGAGCGGAAUUCCAUCCUGCUCCACUCCUCCAGGGAAGAGGGCCGGCGCCUCUCCCUCGGGAACACAAACCGCAUUCUUUUCCCACUCUGUGUGUGUUUGCACACACAAUAAAAAUGUCGUGGUUUCCACACACGGCCGAUGUGCAGACACCAGCUGAAGCUCGUGUUGUCUUAGCCCAGAACCCCAAACAUUCUGAGCUCUUGGAUUUGUUUUCUCCUGGGAAUCGGAGGAGAGAGGGAGGGACGGGAUUUGAGGAGCUGCACUUUUCCAGCUUGCCAAGGUCUCUAACUCGGGCUGGGACAGAAAUGCUCCCUAGUUUGUACACUCAGCUUUGGCUAAAGGUGAUUUCUGGAAGCAAUUCCAGUGCUUUGAUCAAGCACGGCACUCUUCCCUCUCAAUCUCCAAAAGAAACUUCCAAGCUCUCCCCCUGCCCCAGGUAGCAACUGUUGAAGCGUUUUAGGGUUUAGCCAAGUUGAAGACACCCAUUAAACACAUUAAAUUACAACACUGCUUCAUUAAAUGGAUAAAUGUUUGCUGCUCAGAGAAGGGUUUGAUUUUCUGCUCUGCUGCCUUCCGGACAAACCCCUGUGAGGGCAAUAAAAGGCAC